GGAAGAAUCGCGAGGUGGAGCAUCAUCCAAACAUGAACGUCAGUGCGCUCAUCACCGGCCAUGAAACAGUGGGCGACCACACCGAGUUCGUCGUCCAGAUCAGCUGCAGCGGCGUGGUGUGGCUCAUCUCUCGGCGCUUCAGUGACUUUGACCAACUGCAUUGCAAACUCGAGAGUGUCUUCCACGACUCGCUCACGGUUCGACUUCCAGAGAAGCAGUGGUUUGGACGCUUCGACCCGAACUUCAUCUCGAAACGUCAAGCCGGCCUGCAACUCUACCUCGACGGCCUCCUUCAAGUUCCUGGCAUCCUGGACGACCGCUCCCUCCAGCACUUCUUCGAGAUCGAGAAGAACGUCGAGCUGCACACCGACCACAUUCGCCACUCCUCCCUAUCGAUUGGAUCCACCGGCCAUCUCAAGCACAUUUCCGAGACCGAUCGGUGGCAGCUCAUUGUAGAGAAGGCCGAGCACGCGCUGAUCGACAUCUCCGAAGUCCCCGAGCCCCUCGAGGUCGACCAAGCGCGCCAGAAACGCGCCGAGGUGCUGGCGGCGUACGCAGCAACUAGCUCGGAAGCGGACGGUGUACCGAACGCGUUGAAGACGGCGCCGGCGUCGUUGGACACGGUGCCCGUCCCACAUGCUGCCACGUCACAGUACCUCGCCGCAUUGCACGACCGACUAGACAAAUCGCUCUGUUCGAAACAGACCAUCGCUGUUCCGAACGACGACUUGAUCGCGUUCAUGCCGCCCCCCGUGGACACGAUUGUGGCCGCGCAUUGAUACCCCUCAAUUAUAUAUAUAUAUCACAGUAGUAUUACUAUAUGUCCAAAUAUACUGCCACUACAGUACAGUC